AUGGAGGAAAGAAAGCUAAAAACUCUAUAGCCGAAGAUCAAACUUAGAGAACUUAAAUCUAUUUAAAAGGGAGAGAUUAUGUUUCAUAAGACACUAGGAAGUAAACCCAAUACAAAGAGUAUACCUUCUUCACAACUGUCAGUCAAUGAUAGAGAUAUGAAGAAGAUUCUGUAGCUAGAGAGGAUGUUUGAAAGGAAUGAGAGAAUGGAAAAGAGAAAGUAAGAGCUGAGGGCUAGAAGAGAGCAAAGAAGGGUUUUACAACUAGCAUUGGGAGCAGAUUCAAGUGAAAGGAUUCAUUAGUUUAGACUAAUAAAGAGAGAAAUACGGAACCCAGAAGAUAUAGACUCAAAACAUAAGAGUGAAGAUCAGAAAUAAUCUACAGAUGCUGGAGGAGCUUCAGUUGGAGGUGACAUAACUAAGUUAUAGAAAUCAAACAAUCUCGUCAAGAGACUAAUAGAAGAGUAUAUGGGUGAGAAGUUCGAUGAAAAUGGCCAGGUGAUACCAAAGAAAAGAGGCAGAGGGCGCAGAAGAAAGAGCAGUAUCCUUGCUGAGAAGGAGAGAAUGCGCCAAAAGAGGAUGUAUGAAAGAGAGCUUCAACGAAAAAUAGAGGAAGGAGAGAUUAAUGAAUCCGAUGAGUCACUUGAUCUGGCAAAGCUUUAAUAAUUGGACUAAGAUAGAAAAAUUAUGCAAGACCUGGACAGUAAGCUGAGGCAAGAAGAGGAUGAGAUGAGGGAGAUCCUCAAGGACAAGAACUGGUACACUGCCUACAUUUAGAAAAUAAUUUCUGAGUAGCAUAAAAAUGAUAAGCUAGUCAAGCAAACUGUGAACGAGCUAAUUAACUCAAGCCAAGAUAUAAAUAGCAAUCGAAUUGAAUAGGAAUAGAACUAAAUCUAAUAGAGCAGUGAGAGGAGUAAUUACUACAGUUAUUUGAAGAAGUAACUUAGGUUGAUUGAUGAACAGAGCGAAUGCUUAAAUGAUAAAUAAAGAAGCAUUCGAUAUUGUAUGAUACAAACUCCGGAUUAGAUUAAAUUCCAUCUGGAGAAAGUAAAGACUUAGUUAGGCAAGACAAGUGAAGCUCUGGAUGAUAUGAAGAUGAUUAUAAAUAUUAAAAAGGAGUUAGGAGACCUCUCUGGAAAGAAUUUCAACGAUUACUGA